GCAGGAGGCGCCAAUCAGGAGAUUUUGACAACCUGAGCUUACACUAGGCUUCCAUUGAAGCUUGUACAUCGCCGAAGCCGAAGAGGAAGCUUUCCGUCCGCCGAACCCGACCGGACCUGCUGUCCUACAACUCGACGACCAGACACACACCUUACACCACGAUGUCGCAACCAGCAGCGGCGGCACGCGCCGCUCUCAGUACCGCUUCGAGAGCAGCACGGCGACAGUGCGCCCGCCCAAUGUCGACAGUGCGAAGCCUACCGGCGAAGCGACCGACAGCUCCGAGCCCUGCCAGAUCUCAGCUUCGGUCCUUACCCUGCCAGCCGACGGGGCAGCGGAGGUUUUUCAAGACAGUGGACGAGGCGAAGAGCCGGUACAGAUCCGGGCCCUUCUCAUGGAAGGCCGGGCUCCUCUUCGUCAUCACGGCCGCCGGCCUUGUGUGGUAUUUUGAGAGCGAAAAGGAGCGGAUGCAACGGAAGCGGGUCGCCGAGUCGACCAAGGGAGUGGGCAAGCCCAAGGUGGGCGGGCCGUUCGAGCUGAUCGACCAGAACGGCAACAAGUUUACGGACGGAGACUUGAAGGGGCGUUAUUCUCUGGUAUACUUCGGCUUCACCCACUGCCCCGACAUCUGCCCCGAUGAGCUGGACAAGAUGGCGCGCAUGUUCGACCUGGUUGAGGAGAAGCGCCCCGGCUUCUUGACACCCGUCUUUGUUACUUGUGACCCGGCGCGCGAUGGCCCCAAGGAGCUGAAGGAGUAUCUUGUCGAGUUUCACCCCAAGUUUAUCGGCCUGACGGGCACAUAUGAGCAGAUCAAGGCCAUGUGCAAGGCGUACCGCGUCUACUUCAGCACACCGAGCAACGUCAAACCCGGCCAAGACUACCUGGUCGACCACAGCAUCUACUUCUAUCUGAUGGAUCCAGAUGGCGACUUUGUCGAGGCACUUGGGCGGCAGCACUCGCCAGAGCAGGGCGCCAAGAUUAUUCUGGACCACAUGAAAGACUGGAAGGGAACAGUUAGGAUGAACUGAGGCCAGGAGGCCAAUGACUGUAUUAGAAUUGUAUCAUACACGCCCAACUUGUUCGAUUAGUCCUUGGAAAAGAGAGCAACUUUUACGGGACUAUUUUGUACCUGCAGUGCUGUGUACUCCGGAGUCAUGCACUAAUUUACCGUUCAUGCGUGAUGCUGUGAAAGACUGGGGAGUCUGCUAUACAUCUCCAAACUAAGCUGAAAACGAAUUUGGUCUCCCUCUGUGUCUGCCCUGUAACCCCUGG